GUUUAACUAAGAACACACACACACUUUCCUCUGUUCCUCCCCUCUAUUCUUUUUGGGCAUUUUGAUUGGCCGCGGCGGAGACAGGAGGAGGGAGGAGAGACUGACGGGCUGGCACAAAUUCCUCAGCGCUCCUCGAAUUUCUUGAAAUCACGUCUCUCCUGUUCGCCUUCGCCCCGACUAACAUCCAGACCAGCUCCCCUCCUCCUCCGUGCACAUAACCGAGCCGAGCAGCUUUAACAAAAAUGAUGUUGCGAAGUGUCGCUCUUCUCCUUCUGCUGGCCGUGGCUGUCUCUAACGCUGAGGAGCUGCAGAGCAAGAGCAAAGUGUGCGCCAAUGUGUUCUGUGGGGCCGGCAGAGAGUGUGCUGUUACAGAGAAGGGGGAGCCCAGCUGUCUGUGUAUAGAGAGCUGUAAGCCCCACAAGAGGUCAGUGUGUGGCAGCAAUGGUAAGACCUACAGGAAUCACUGUGAGCUCCACAGGGACGCUUGUCUGACGGGCUUGAAGAUACAGGUGGCCCAUGAUGGACACUGCCAUGAGAAGAAAGCAGAGCAGGCAGCUGCCAGCCCUGUGGUUUGCUACGCUGCUGACCGCAAUGAACUGAGGAGUCGUGUGGUCCAGUGGCUGCAGACUGAGGUUGUCCCAGAUGGCUGGUUUGCCAAGGGAUCCAACUUCUCUGACAUCCUGCUCAAAUACUUCAAGUCAUAUGACAAUGGUGAUUCUCAGCUGGACUCCUCAGAGCUGCUCAAAUUCAUCCAGCAGAAUGACUCAGUUGUGGAGUUGCAGUCCUAUGCAGACCAGGAGAGUAACAAGCUGCUCAGGAGCCUGUGUGUGGAUGCCCUCAUUGAGCUCUCUGAUGAAAACGCAGACUGGAAACUGAGCUUUGAUGAGUUCCUGAACUGCCUGAAGCCUGGCUUCAAUCCACCAGAGAAGAAAUGCGCCUUGGAGGAUGAGACAUAUGAGGACGGAGCAGAGACUCAAGUAGAGUGUAACCGAUGUGUUUGUGCAUGCGGUAACUGGGUCUGCACUGCUAUGACCUGCACUGAAAAAACAGCAGCUGUGGAUGAGUCAGCAGAUGCUGGGGCGGAGAUGACUGAGGAGGAGUGGAAUCUCCGUGUGGCUGAGCUCAACAAGCACCAGGAAACAGUUCAGAAGAUGAAGACCAGCACAAAGGAGGCCUAAAAAAGGACGAAAUGAAGGAGAGGAUGCAUGUCAUCCCCCUUCCUCCAUACUUGAUUGACCUUGCGGCCAUGUGUGGUUAUUAGACUGACUUUUUCAUGUUUCUCUGCUAUUUUAAUUAUUAUACAUGUUUUACAAGUGUUUGUGUUGAUGUUUGUUAGAUUCAGGGGCUAUCAAAGAGUAUUAUAGGAUUCCCUUGUGUUCAGUACUGUCAUAUUUGAUUGUAUUACUGCGCCUCUACAUUAGCCCUGGGGCUAUUUCUACGACAAUCCAUAUAUUUUUACAGUUAUUAUGAAAAAAAACUGUCAAGUUGUCACUGUUUUGGAAUAUGGAAGUCAUUGUUUUAUUGGAGUAGAGAGUUAGCUGACUACUUGACACCUAGUGCAGCACGUUUUACCAGCUUGGUUAAAAGGACCUGUUUUAAGAGGGUAUAGCUACUAGUGACUUUCUUUUUUUUUUGCCAUUUAGAACUGCCACCAUAGGCCACUACUUGACCAAUGCAAUUGUCUUUUCUUUCUGUCUAGCUUUCUUAGGGUUUAGUUUAUCACAAGCCUGAAAUGUGUUUGUAUCUUACUGCAAAGUAUUAAUUUUGCUGCAAAAUAGUUUGCUUCUAUGUACAAUAUGUUAAUCGACUUGAGUUGGAACUCAUCUUGUUCCCAUGUUAUGCUCAGGCAAGUCUCUCUGGUGCUUUUUAUGUUAAACAUUCUGAGACUUAAGACAUAGUGGCCAAGCAAUCAAUAUGGAGCAGCACAACUGCACCCAGAUGAGACCGGAUCUUUGAAUAUAGCAUGAUGAAAACUAAAACCAAAGUCUUAAUGAAGUG